AUGCCUUUUGGGAAGGCUGUCCUUCACUGUUCUCCAGAAAUGGAGAGGAGGCAACACAAGAAGCAGGGCCUGGUGCAGAGCCUCAAUUCCUACUUCAUGGAUAUGAAAUGUCCAGGAUGUUAUAAGAUCGGCACCAUUCUUAGCCAUGCACAAAUAGUAGUUUUGUGGGUGGUCUGUUCCACUGUCCUCUGUCAGCUUAUAGGAGGAAAAGCAAGGCUUACGGAAGAAUGUUCCUUCAGGUGGAAGCAGCACUAAGAGCAAGAUAAAUAGGAAACCACCCCAAUACACACAUUUUGGAUUUAAAAACUACUAAAAACAAAGAAA